AUGAGUGAACGCAAAGCAUUUGUGAGCCGUAUAACAAACGAAACCAAGAUUCAAAUUGCAAUUUCGCUGAAUGGUGGUCAUAUUGAAAUAAAGGACUCAAUUUUAUGUAAGAAACAGCAGGAAAAUGGUAGCGAUGUGGCAGCCCAGACCACCAAGUCCCAAGUGAUAGAUAUUCAAACUGGUGUAGGAUUCCUGGACCACAUGAUUCAUGCGCUGGCCAAGCACUCCGGAUGGUCUUUGAUCGUCGAGUGUAUCGGUGAUUUGCACAUUGACGACCACCAUACCACUGAGGAUUGUGGUAUUGCAUUGGGCCAGGCAUUCAAGGAAGCUUUGGGUCAAGUUCGGGGUGUGAAAAGGUUCGGUACUGGGUUUGCACCUUUGGACGAAGCUCUAUCCAGAGCCGUUGUGGAUUUAUCAAACAGACCUUACGCUGUAAUUGAUCUUGGUUUGAAGAGGGAGAAGAUCGGCGAUCUCUCGACUGAGAUGAUUCCACAUUUCUUGGAAAGUUUUGCCGAGGCUGCUCGUUUGACUAUCCACGUUGACUGUCUGAGAGGUUUUAAUGAUCACCACCGUAGCGAGAGUGCCUUUAAAGCCUUGGCAGUGGCUAUUCGUGAAUCAUUAGCACCUAAUGGUACUAAUGAUGUGCCUUCUACCAAAGGUGUGUUAAUGUGA